AUGGACUCUUCAAUGCCCACUGAAGUAUUGCCCAACCCGUAUACUCCUCUGGCAUUCCUGACGCCAACCACUGCCAACGAAUUCGAGGCCUCAUGCUAUCUAUAUGUGGCCACCCUCGUGGCGUUCAUUUGGGACUGGAUGACGGCUUGGCCUGAUGAGUAUAGGAUCAUCUUCAAGAAGCCUAUACGAGCUUCUAAAAUUGUCUAUUGUCUCUCCCGGCUCAGUGCAUUUACAUACAUUGUGACCAGUACUAUCUUCCAGGUUGCACCGGUGGGGGUUUGUCAAGAGCUUCAACUGGCUCUUCGUACCUUCUUCGCAGUCAGCAUCCCUGCUACAUCCGCUCUGUUCUAUCUAUGCGUUUGCGCCGUUUUCCAUAACUCAAAACCCGUUGUCAUAUUUUUCGGAAUUCUGUGGCUUUCCAUCCUCGGCACAUCGUUCACUGUGCCAUUUUCUAUCCAUGGAGCUCACAUUGGGACAACGGACAGAUGCAUCAACACCAGUGUCAAGCCAGUCAGUUCGUCUGGGGUGAUUCUUAAUACCAUCAAUGACACACUCGUCUUUUUCGCAAUUUCAUUCCGGCUGGUGUCGUUCUCCAUACAGGAGCAGGGAACUGCAAGGGACAAAUUUAGGUCUUUCUUCCGAGGCGAGGGUCUUCCAAAACUAUCCAGAAUGCUCCUACAGGGUGGGCAGCUUUACUACUUCGCUACGGUUUCGCUGAAUAUAUUGACGAUGGCCAUGAUCAUCUCACCUAAGGUCUCUCCCGUCUUCCACGCCAUGUUCACAAUCCCGAACAUCGCACUGGAGAAUGCCAUGGCUACACGGGUGUUCCGUGCAAUCCACAUGGGCGCAAUUCAGACGUGA